GCGAGGAAGUCGCAAGAUGGCCGCUGUCUCCUGGAAGUAACGUUCCCCUCCGCAACAUGAAGCCGUGAGCGUGGAAGAAAGCGAGGGAGGCACCGACGGGCUUUUAUUUUUGUUUUCUUUUAGUUCUUUUUCUUUUCUUUCGUCACACAUCAUCUCAUUCCGCGUCGUGUCCGCCUCGGACUCGUGUUAGGCAGCUGACGCGUCAAAUCACGCCGGGGACCCUGCCAGCAGCUAGCGCCUAGCAGCUAGCUGUUAGCAGCUCGUCUCUCAGAUCGGUCGGAGCUGCUUCUGGUGAACGAUGGCAGCAGGAAACGUGUUGGACUCUCCCCGCCUGUAGCUGCCCUGGCCCCGCUGACAUGUCACCAGACCCCCGCAGGGGUGGAAAGUAACCCGAGCAGCUACGACUGAACUCAGCGUAGAUUCUCAUAUCUGUGUUCUGGAGGAAUUCGGUGCACGGUGACUCGUCUCACUCGAAGUUAACCAAACUAGUUAGUCACUACAUCGGAGAGCAGUUAGCUUGCUAGCUGCUGUCUCGCCCCACGUCACAGCACAAACACGGCGUACAGAACGUACUCCGAGCCCGCUCCCGGCCACACGCACCGGCUCAACAACACCGUCAUGGGAGUGCAGGGUUUUCAAGAGUAUUUAGAGAAGCGGUGUCCCGGAGCUGCGGUCCCGGUGGACCUCCUGAAGCUCGCCCGUACCGCGGCCCGCCAGCCCCCUCACCACCAUCACCCACACCACCACCCACAUCACCCCGGGCCCAUGCCUCCCCCGCCCCCGCCUGCCAGGAUCCUGAUCGACGCGGACUCCGGCCUGCAGCGCCUGUACGGCGGCUACCAGACGGACUGGGUGUGCGGGGGCGAGUGGAACGCCAUGCUGGGCUACCUGGCUGCCCUGUCACAGGCCUGCCUGUACCAGGGUGGCCUGGAGCUCGUCGUGGUUUUCAACGGCACACUGGGGAAGGAGCGCUGGCCCGAGUGGGCGCGGCGAGCUCAGGGCCAGAGACAGACGGCGCAGCUGAUCGUCAACCACGUCGGCAGCAAGGCCACCCCGCCUCCCCGGGCAUGGUUCCUGCCCCCGGCCUGCCUCAGCCACUGUGUCCGCCUCGCCAUGUUCCGCUUCCGAGUGCGGGUUGUACAGACUUUGGAGGACCACCACCAGGAGGUGCUGUCUCUCUACAGAGACUAUGCAUUUGCUGGUCUGAUUGCUCAGGAUUCUGAGUUUGCUCUCUGCAACGUUCCUGCCUACUUCUCCUCACACGCACUCAAACUGAGCUGGAACGGCAAAAACCUGACCACACACCAGUACCUGCUGUCUGAGGCCGCCAGGCAGCUGGGGCUGAAGACGCAGCACCUGCCCUGCUUUGCUGCUCUGCUGGGAAAUCAUAUUCUGCCCGAUGAGGACCUGGCUGCCUUCCACUGGAGUCUGCUGGGACCAGAACACCCACUAGCUUCUCUCAAGGUGCGAGCUCAUCAGUUGGUGCUGCCGCCCUGUGAGGUGGUGAUCAAGGCGGUCUCAGAGUACGUUUCCUCCAUUAAGGACCUGGGAAACCUCGAUGCCAUCGCCAGAGAUGUCUUCAAACAGUCACAGUCUCGUAUGGAGGACAAGGUGGAGCGAUUUAAGAAAGCUGUGGAGUAUUUCUCAGCUGCCUCAAAACCACGUUCACCCAGUAUGGGGCCCUCUGCUUUCAUCUUACCUGGGUUUGGACCCACUCCGUUUGGGGGACCACCUGGCCACAUGGGACCGAUGCCGCCUGGAAAGAAUCAGUUCCCUCCUCCCCAGGUUCCAGGAUUCAAACCACCCUAUCAAAAUGCUCCAUAUGGACCUGGCCCCACCCCCCUGUUCCAGAACCCGCCUCCAACGUCUCAAGACUGCAACGACUCGUUGACGGGCAAGAUGGGAUUCUCUGACUGGUCAGCUCCCUAUGAUUCCACUCAGGUGGGAAGUCGAUUACCCAAUCAUCACAUGGGCAAUCAAUCGGGGCCGUCUCCGUCGCCUUCCUCAUCAUCAGAUGGAGAUGAGCCCAAUGACAGCAACGCAAACCAUUUAACAGACAAACCCUCACGGUGGGAUGAUCCUGCGGGAAGGGGGGGCUCGGCCUCUAGGGAUGGUUCUCAAGGCAAUGGGAGCGGAUCAAACAUUCCCUCACUUCUGUCUAUGGCGACGCGGAGUCACAUGGACAUAACCACACCCCCUCUGCCUCAGGUCAGUGCUGAGGUUCUUCGUGUCGCCGAACACAGACACAGAAGAGGACUGAUGUACCCACAGAUUUACCACAUAUUGACCAAGGGAGAGAUGAAGAUGCCAGUGUGUAUAGAAGAUGAGUGUAACUCUGAGCUGCCUCCUGCCUCGCUGCUAUUCCGUGCUGCCAGACAGUAUGCCUACGGCGUCCUCUUCAGUCUGGCCGAAACACACCGCCGCCUGGAGAGGCUUGCAAUCCGAAAGAGGGCUCCCCUGGAAGUUCCUCCUGUGAUUGUCAAAGAGUGGAGUAGUGGCAAGGCUAAGUCUGCCCUGACUCCAGAGCUGGUUCCGGCCCUUUGUUUCCGGGAGUGGACCUGCCCCAACCUGCGCCGUCUGUGGUUGGGUCGGGCCAGUGAGGACCGCUCCAGGAGAACUAGGGCCUUCCUGGCCUGCCUUCGCUCCGACUGCCCAGCGUUACUCAACCCAGCACAGGUUCCACAGCAUCUGCUGCUCAUGUGCUGCGUGCUCAGGUAUUUAAUGCAGUGGCCUGGAGGAAGGAUCCUGCAGAGACAUGAGCUUGAUGCCUUCCUGGCCCAGGCCGUUUCUAGCCAGCUCUAUGAACCCGACCAGCUCCAGGAACUGAAGGUGGAGAAGGUGGAUGCCCGUGGUGUGCAGCUGGCUGCUCUCUUUAUGGCCGGCGUCGACACAGCACUUUUCAUCAAUGACGUGUGUGGCCAACCGCUGCCGUGGGAACACUGUUGUCCCUGGGGCUUCUUUGAUGGAAAACUGUUUCAGAGCAAACUGGCCCGGGCCUCCCGCGACCGGGCCGCCCUGCUGGACAUGUGCGAAGGGCAGGAGGAGCUGGUGUCCAAGGUGGAGAAGAUGCGUCAGGCUAUCCUUGAGGGCAUCAACCUGUCCCGUCCCCCUCCUCCUCCCCCUCCUCUCCCACCCCCUGCCUUCCUUCCCCCUGCUAUGGUACCCCCGUUCUACCCCAUGCCUCCUCUCUACCCGCCUCGCCACAUGGGUGGAAUGCCCCCACAUCAUCACCCACAUCACCCUGCCCAGCACAGGCCGAGAGCCUUCCCAGGUAUUCAGUCCAUCCCCCCUCAGGGUGGAAAACUGGAGAUAGCUGGGAUGGUGGUGGGACAGUGGGCCGGGAACAAACCAGUACGUGGGAGAGGAGGCUUCAACAUGCAGGUGGUUUCAGUCGGAGCAGGGAAAGGGAGAGGUAAAGAGAUCCCAGCUAAACUAAGGGGAGGGAAAAAGGCACCUGCCAACAGAACACAGAUGUCAUCGUCCCCCCCAGCCAGCAGCCCCCCAAAGCCCUCAGAGGAGGAAGACUCCACGUCAGAGGUCGCAAUACAGCAGCUGAACGGCAGCUCAGCGACCUCCGCCAUUGGCCAAUCCUUGGAGCUGGCCCCCCUGGCCCAGCCAAUCCCUUGUGCCUUAGCCAGCAGAGACAACCAAUCAGAGGGGUUGGAAGUGGAGGCCCCCUGUUGCCUUGACGACUGCCCGUCAGACGGAGCACUACAGAAGGAGGAGUGAUGGCAUCCUUCUUGGGAUGUGCAGCUCUGAGAGAGUUAUCUGUGUUUGACUGCCUUUCCCUGUUUUUGUAGCCCCGCCUCCUAACUGCACAUGAUCACAUGAAGCAGGAGGUGAAACAAGUCUCCUCCUCCUACUCCCUGCUGCUGCAUGUGAUUGGCUGAAGCAGUUAGCCGUUACUCCCUUUUUAGUUUUCUCAUGUGGUUUUAAAAUGUUUCUGAAGAGGUUUUCUCUGAGCCUGUAAGCGCCCCACCCCUCAGAAAAUCCUAAACGCCUCCUUAUCAAUAUUGAUUAGGAGUAAAAUAAGCUUGAAGCCCCGCCCCUAAUACGACCUGCCAUCUUAAACAAGCCCCCCCUCUUAAGUAUGGAUAUCAGUACAGUUUUAAGUUUCUUAUUUUAGCUUUUUUCAAUGGUACCAUUGUGUGAUCACUGCACACAGAUGUGAAGUUUGUGGUUACUGUGACAGAUUGGAUGUGGUUUCAGUGGUGACAGGUUCUUGGCCUGGUCACCAUGGUUGGUAUUUGUGCGUUGAUUCGGUUUGUUGCCGUAACCGUCUCGUGAGAGGUUUCAGAGUGAUGUUCUGUUCUGCUGUGCAGUGACCCUUGUUCCCCCGCUACUCUGCAGGCUAGCCUCAUUGCUACCCACAGUGUUAGCAUACAAGCUAACAGCAAAGCCCAUUUUAUAGUUUGAUUGAUUAUCUAUCACUGGAGCACUUCUGCACCACCAUGGUAUUAACAUGCUGUUUUACUUUGACCUAUGUAGCAUAGCCUAGUUCUUAGCUGUGCUAAGAGACCCUGGACUUUAUGCACCUUAAGCCCUUAAGUAUGCAAGAUUAUACCCUGCUCCAAAAAAAGUGCAUUAUUAAAUUAUCUUCCCAUACCCUUGUCCCUUUAUCCCAAAGCUUUGAUUGUAUUAUCCCAACAGAAGCACUUAAUGUUGUAUUUAAAUAUAAUGAAAUUGAACCAGCCCCUGAACAGUUGAAUUGACAGACUGUCAGGGGUUCCCCUGCGGCUAAGUAAAUCAUAAUGACAUAUAGUGCUACGCUUACAGGUAGAGAUCUAUGUGAGAGAUGUCAGAAUGUGAAGAGUGGUUUCAGACAAAGAGACACUUUGUUUUUAAACGGUUAAACCACACUGGACAGUCCUCUACUACGAGAUCAAAAAAUGAAACGACUAUGAGGCACCUUCUGGAGUUAAGGCCAAAAAGAAAAGAAUAAUGCUGCCCAGCAAAAGAUGGGGCUGAAUAAUGGGGGCUUGGUCCAUUGCCACCAGUUCCCUUCAGGCUGGUCUUACACAUUCAAUCAAGAACUUUGCAACGAGGCUGAAAAGGCCCCUGAUUGCUAUGAAGAGGAUUCCCAGGAAAUCAUUUCACAUUUCUACAAAGUUAUUUCCAAAGUGUAUUUUAAAGGCUCGCCGACUGAGGCAGCCACUGAUAUAUAUAAAUGGGGUGUGGCAUCAAAAGCCUCAAAGAUCCCUCCACCCUUGGCUGGUGAUUAAUUGAGCAACUGUUGUCACGUCAACCCAACACCACGAGCCCCGCAGAGCUCUGCUGCGUCACUUUAUACCGGCAGGAAGCACUUCUCUGCACGGUUUGAUCACAUGACAGGGGAGAGGAAGGCGGCAUGGCCGGCCUGAGUAUGCCGCUCACAAUCUGAGACUUGCAACAUACUGAACUGUUUUAUCGGAGCACUUAUGUUUGUUGUGAAUGAGAUGUGUCCCCACAUUAGGUUUCAACUGAUAAUGAAAAACAAGUUAUGUACUUCUUACCGAUGAUUGGUAGCACAACUGCUAAUGUAAAAGCAGUAGACAGACAAAUCUUGCCUGAGAGAUGCCGGCCAUGAACAUGCGAUCUCUUUAAACAUACUAAGAUGUUAAAAUGAGCUCAUUAGAAGAAGACAAGUCACCAAGAAGCACCUUAUUUCCUUACUAUGUUGAUGACUUGUUGCUCUAUCAUGUGCCACAGAAUUGACCUGGAUAAGGCUCUUAGGAAGGAAAAGACAAACUGACGAUAUCUGUGUAGUUGAGUCAGACAUCCCCUCUGUAACAUAUUACAGUAAAACGCUGACUGUUGACCCAGCAAUGAGUGUAGGCCUACGCUCAUCACCACAGGACUGAUCUGCAGCCGUCUCUUACACCAACACCAAAUCAGAAGUUCAGACAAGUUAGCCAUUACUGGGAGAAACGCGAGCAGACGAGUGCUGUAGGUGUUUAUAGGUUAAGAGUAGGUCACAGCGUCGGUCUUAAAGCAGGACUGUAAAACACAAACAUCACAAAUAGGCUAGCGAAUAUAGCUCAACUGGCCGAAAUAUUAUGUCUAGGUUCACUAGGAGUCAUUUACUUAACUGCUUUCAACUUUUGACAUUAGUACAAAUAUGUGUAUUGCAACAGUACAUUGUUAAAAGAGGCUUUAUUCCGUGGCGAGCCAGAGUGUGGUCCCGUAUACGAAGCCCUCUCACGAUUCACUCGCCAGAUAACAGCACACAAACACAGGUAUUCAGUUGCAUUGGUUACCUGAAGCUUUGUCUCUGAUUUUGUGCAGUUUAUCAGAGAUCAUCUGGUAACACAUUCAACUGACUCAACAUCCCACACACACAACAGAUAAACGACAAAGUAACAGUGUUGUCACUUGGACACAGAAAUGAUCAGCUACAUUAACACACACACAAUCGUUAAACCCGAGUGACCUAGUAGCUAGUUUGGAGAAAAAAAAGUCAACACAACACAUAAUGUGGUUUCUCUCUGUUGUCCUCGUCUGUUUUAGUUCAAUAGAUAAUUGAUUUUUGUUUUUUUUUGUUUAUGCCACCCCCCCCUCCACUUCCCCUCCCUCCUUUCCACUUCCUCUAAAACUGUUAAUUAACUUGUUAUCUCGGUUUAUCACACACACCAUAUCCAUUGAUUCUCAUUAAACGCAGACGCACACAAACGCAGAUAUCGUACACAGGUUAGCCCCUCCCUCUAAGUUUCCCGCUCUCUUUCACCUGUACUAGGGCUGCUCGAUUAAUCGAAAUUGAAUCGUCAUUACGCUUAUGGGGUCAAACGAUCUCCAAACUACUGUAAUCGAGUUGAAACGAUUAUUUGGAAUUUUUUCCGAAAGAGACGCUUAAAUCAGACCUUCCCGGGAAGCAUUCCGCGGCCCAGCUGACUGGCCCUCACUCUGAAGCAGCCGUGAAGUGAAGGAGGCGAGUUGUUGUGUGUGUGGUGACCGGCGGUGUUUACAAAACAGCGCGAGUGGAACAUGGCAGAGGGAGCCAUGCUGAGAGCAGCAGCUAGCCGCUGAGAGAGAGUGACUGGUACUUCCGGUUCAUUUAUAGAAUAAAGCAUCGACUUCAGAAUAAGGGCACAUAUUAAUAAUGGUUUGAAUAAUCUUGAUUUUGAUAUUAUUCAAAUUAAUCGUGAUUAUGAUUUUUUCCAUAAUCGAGCAGCCCUUACCUGUACCCUCCUUCACUCUCAUCCCCCUCCCUCUCUCUCCUUUAGCACCAUCCCCAUUGGCCGUCUUUUUAUUUAGUCUCUUUUCUCUUUGGCUGCCCCGCCCCGUAAUCAACCCGACUAACAGUAAGGUUAUAUUAACGCUGAUAAUCAGUUUCUGUGUGUAUCUAGCCAGAGUCUGGGGAAAAAAAUCUGAAAAAAAUCAAAACUGUUUUAUUCAAUUGUGCAAAUGUGUUUUCUUACUAUUUUUAAUGUUAUUACAUCUUCUAAUCCUUCUACCAUUGCUUCAGUUAGUACUGAAAUAUGCUUAGCCAACCUAGAGAUUUGAACUGUAACGAUUGCGAUUUUCCUUACCUGUAUUUUAUGGCAUCUUUAGACCACUUCACCAUUUAUUCUGUACGUAAGUAAAUAUUGCCCGUUCUUUCAUUGUCUGCACUGUUUGAUUCUCAAGAUAUCCCCGAUUCCGUGGUCGACUCAGUCGAAGCUGAACUCUGCGCCCUUGCACAAAGCAGUGAAACAUCUCUUAACACCUGAGAACCAAACCAAAGUGCACCCCCCCCCCCCCCCCGAUAGUACCCCACCCUCACACUGACAGCCCUUCCCAGUUACAAGUUUUCUGAUCAGUAUGAUUAUAUAUAUAUGAAAUGAUAUUACAGCACGUGUGAUCUUACAAGUGUGUGACAGUGUGUUUACACUGGUGGCUGUGGAGACACAGACAGGAAGAAGGACCUGAGUGUGUUUGUGGAUGAUGAGCGAUCGAAUGCAGGUUCAGUCACUGAGUUUGUUGUUGGUAGUUUCAUUGACUGAACUUAUCUUGUGUGAAGCGCUGCACAUGCUCAGAUCUGCACUAACGCACAGGACCAACCAACAUGCUUCAGUCAUGCUGGGUUUAACGCCCUCGUGUUUCUUUACAUGUUGAAAGUUGUGCCCUCUCAAACUUGUCUUUGAUUGAUGGAGCACAGUUACAGAGCCUCUUCAUAUUGUUGGUGGAUGUGGAGGCUGCUGAAUUUUCCUCACAACAAACAAACAGACUGGCUGGCCUCAUAAACAUGAAUCAAUAUUGAUAGUGAAUAGUUAAUUCAAUUAAUUUAAUAUGAAUCCAGCUGCAAUGAAUAGUCAAGAAAUUGUAUAACAACUUUUUAUUUUCAUUUUCAGAAGUUGCAUAAAUGACCGUUGGUAACUGGACUUGAUUGUUUCUCGAAGAUGUUUAGUCAAAGAAGCUUCUUCAGGUCUGACUAAUGGGAGGUUACAGGUAUUUAACCUGAGUGUGUAAUCCUCUUUCAAACCAUCGCUCUUCUCUGGACAAAGUAAAAACAUUACCUCAGAAGAGUGUCACUUGUCAACGAAGUGUAAGUGAACUGCUUCGUCCUGGCCUGAGGAACUGGUUCUUCUGUGCCAUCUGUUUCUGUCGUGGUGGAUUCCUGGAUGUGAAGGUCUGAGCAAUCCCCAUUGUGUUGGAUUGUAUAAACCACAUUGUCCUGUUUGUGUCAGGGUGAACACUCUUUGAGUGUUGCUACACUUGAAAUGCGGAGUUAAACAUGUACAGAGGUUGAAUACUUGAAACCUCCCGUUAGUCAGUUAGGCCUCUUGGAUAAGAAGUAUAACGUCUUUCAAGUUUCCUCAACUUGUAAAUCUUGUGGAGACGAUGAGCUUGAUGAUACAUUUUUAUUCAUCUAAUUGAGCUGAUAUUUAUGUGAAGGUUUUUGACCUAACUAUGAAUUUCAAGAUGUCAAUGGUCAAUUUUUGUAAAUUGUGGAGAUUUUUGACUUAUUGCCACAAAAGGCCGAAUAGUGAAAAUGUUAAGAAAAAUUGUUAAUUAAUGUUAACUACUGUCCCAAGUUGAUCCAUCUCAGCUGAAGUGACUCGAGGAAAAUUCAGUGUUAAAGACUGUCUUGUCUGGAUCAAUGUGAAGAGAACAGAACGAAUUGAUCUAGAAGUUUUAAUCUAUCAGAAACAAGUCACCUGUUUUCUACCUGUUCUGGUCGCGUCACAUCAAUUCGUCCGGUUUGAUUAAGUCUUUAUUCUGUCUGUCUCUCUCUACUGCCCCCCCGGCCCCUUCCUGCCUCGAUGGCGGAGACAGAGGCUGGAGUUGAUUCUGUCACGAUAGUCAACAUGUGAACCAGUGCAUGUACUUCAGCACCAAGGUCCCUCUAAACCUACCUGUGCAGAGAAAAGGUUCAAAUUUAUCCAUAAUAUUGUUAUAGAAAUAUUAUCAUUAUUGCCGUUAUAAUUAUUUGGUAUAAUUUGUCAUUGUUAGCAUUAUGGAAGCACCAGACUGUUUGUGGAAAGACGAGAAAGAAAGCAUUUAGUUUCUCUUUAUUUUUUUUUGAUUUGUCCGGCUGUAGUUGGUCUGCUCUCACAGAGGGAGGGGAGGAAAGCUGUAGAAAGAGAAAGAUGGCAGUCAUGUUUGUACUGGUUGGGAAAUGACUUACAGUGCUGAAAUAAAAUUUAUUCUUUUAGUAAAAAAAAGUA